UGACAGUUUUUGCAGAAGACGCAACUAAACAAUGGCUUCCGAAGAAACCCAGAACAAACCGACAGAGCAGUCGAGCAGCGACCUUCUGGCGAGCGCCAAGCUGGUGGCAGACGCGGCGCAGUCCACUCUCCGGAACGAAAGCGACAAGGUGGACAAGUCAAAGGUGGCGGACGCGGCGGGAGACCUUCUUGACGCGGCGGGGAAGUAUGGAAAACUGGACGAACAGCAGGGCAUAGGGCAGUACGUGGACAAAGCUGCCGAUUAUCUGCACCAGUAUCAGGACAAGGCUGCUGCACCUUCUCAACCUGCAGAUUCCAAACCUGAAGAGGGUGGUGGUUUGGGUGGUCUUGCAAAUUUGGCUGGAGGCUUCUUCAAAAAGUAGUUGUAGUAGAAGAAAAAGGAGCAGGUGAAGAAGGUCUUUGGUUUCUCACUUUAGUGUUGUUGUUCUUCUAUGUAAUAUUGAAUAAAUAUGAUAUGAUCUCCUGUUUGUAGAACAAAGAUCUUUUCUUAGUUCCACAAACAUGUUUUCUUUCUGUGUA